UUUUUCUCUACUCUACUACAAGAACCACAGACCCAAUAUCAUAUAAACGAAUAUCAACAUGCCGAGCGGUACAGCCAUGUCAACGACUCAUGAAUUCGCCGGUGUCCUAUUCGAUUUCGACGGAACAAUAAUUGACUCCACUGAAGCUAUUGUUGAGAAUUGGAGAAGAAUCGGCGAAGAAAUAGGCAUUGGCCACGAGGUGAUCCUGCAAACAUCACAUGGUAGACGCAGUAUCGAUGUUCUGAAGGACCUUGAUCCAAGCAGAGCCAAUUGGGAAUACAUAAGCGCCAUGGAAAGCAAAAUACCUUCCCUGUGCAAGAAUCCUGCCAUUGAAAUCCCGGGUUCACGGGCUCUUCUUGAGACACUUGACAGUCUUCACACACCUUGGGCAAUCGUAACAUCAGGCACCAAUGCUCUCUUGAAUGGCUGGCUCAAUGUACUGGGUUUACCUCGGCCUCAGGAGGUCACCGUCGCAGAGGAUGUCAAAAUUGGCAAGCCCGACCCAGAAGGUUACUAUAAAGCUCGCACUCGGCUGCUUCAACGCAGCGGAGGCGAGAUAAGGGACGUUCUAGUCGUCGAGGAUGCUCCAGCCGGUGUAAAAGCAGGGAAAUUGGCUGGAUGUUACGUUUUAGCUGUGACAGCCACACACACUGUUGAUCAGCUGAAAGCGGCUGGUGCUGACUGGGUGAUUCCUGACCAUCGAUUUGUAGAAGUACGGAGGAAGGCUGAGUCGCAGUCCAUUUUUACUUUUACUUUUAACAACGUUUACUAGAAAGUAAGCGUUAUGAUAUUGUACGUAUUCACUAACGGUACG